UCUUCUCGGCAAAUGUUCAUGAGCUGCGGUGGUGAAGCUUUGUGGAGAGGUAACGGUAUCGUGGCUACAUUGUGACGGAGACAUCAGGGAGACCACUUUUGUUAACACAAAACCGACGACCCCAGCCUUCUCAGGUCUAUCAAUUCAUCUUUUAAAUUAUUUUUCGGUACGCGUUUUGAUUUGCCAUCCCAAAACCAACUAUGUCGAACAAGGAGGAGAAACCCGAAGAUAAACAGUCUUGGAAAGAUUUUUUCUACAAUCCACGAACAGGAGAGUUCAUUGGUCGUACCGCCAGCAGUUGGGCCCUGAUCUUCCUCUUCUACCUGGUGUUCUAUGGCUUCUUGGCUGGGAUGUUCACUCUGACUAUGUGGGUCAUGCUUCAGACGCUGGAUGACAACACUCCAAAGUACAGAGACAGGGUGGCCAAUCAGGUAACACCCAGUUUGGUGAUCAGGCCUCACUCCAUGGAAAUCUCUUUCAACCGCUCUGACCCCGGCCAGUACCAACAGUACAUUCAGCAUCUGGAAUCCCAGCUGCAGCAAUACAACGACAGCAUCCAGGAACAGAAUGAUCUGUGUAUGGUGGGGGAGUACACGGAGCAGGAUGAGGUGCAGGAGAAGAAGGUGUGCCAGUUCAAGCGCAGCAUGCUCAGGCAAUGCUCCGGCCUGUCCGACACCACGUUCGGCUAUGCCGAGGGCAAGCCUUGCAUCCUGGUCAAGAUGAACAGGAUCAUAGGACUGAAGCCGCGCGGAAACCCCUAUAUCAACUGCACAGCCAAGAGAGAGACCUCCCUGCAGAUGCAAUACUUCCCCAAAGAGGGGAGCUUGGAUAAGAUGUACUUCCCGUACUACGGAAAAAACCUGCAUCCCACCUACGUCCAGCCCCUAGUGGCUGUGAAGCUGCUCCUGAGCAAAGAGGACUACAAUACGGAGCUGUCAGUGGAGUGUAAGAUCGAGGGCUCGGACCUGAAGAACAACGACGACCGCGACAAGUACCUCGGCCGGGUCACGUUCAGGGUCACCGUGUCCGAGUAGGAAUUUCAGGGACCACCAGAGCACAAUGCCAGUGUUGCAUAAAAAAUAUCGAAGACCCCCCCCCCCCCCCCUCCCACCCAGAAUGUCCUCACCCAUCCACGCGGAGCCCAGUCCUUUCUAGGUGCUGGCCUGUACCACUGGCUACUGAAGGGGGUGGACUGAGGGACGCUGUGGUAGUGGGGGUGGUGUGCUCCUGAUUAUUGUUUUUAACCCUAACUCAUAUCACUGCAGUCACUGACUCCACUUCCCUGGCUGCCUCCCUCCCUCACUGCCCCCGGGUAAGAAGACAAGAGAAUCGUAACAAGAUGACCCCUCCCCCCCUCCCACACACACAAAAAUUGUUUAGCCCCACCUCCCAUUGAGUCAGUGAAGGAAUAGCAACAUUGUGCCAAUGUAGGGACCUGUAAAUAGCUGCUUUGGAGCAUUUUGAGUUGGUGGUUUUUUUCUCCUGUAGUGCUGUGUAGUCUGCUGUGUAAUAUGGUAUUUGUCUGUGUACAUAAUUGAUGGGUUUAAAUGCUCUUUGUCUUAUCUCACUAUGUCUAAACGCUGUAAGAAUCAAACUAAGAAAUAGAUAAAUAGUUGUAAUUUAAAAGUAUUGAGCAAGAGAAUACAUUAAGGAUGGAAAUGCCAAAAAAUACAUAUAAAUAUUUACAUUAUUUUAACCUGUCCAACAUCAAAGGGAAGUGAUUUUUUUUUUUACCCUGACAGGAAAUGUGCUUUGUACAGAUGCCUUAAGGUCUGUAUGAGAACAAAUUUGAAAUAAAGAUGAUUUUAAAGAAA